GGGGCUGCAGUGGGAACUAAUCUGUUUUAUCGUCGUUGUUUCUUUGUCGAAUUGUUUGCAAAGACGGACCGGAAGCAUUGGUUGCCGCUAUUUGCUGUGAAGGAUGGAACCCUAAUGGGCUAAGAAUACCUAGCCAUUUCCAAAGUAAUAAAACCCACAAUAAAUACUCUUAUAAAUAUAUACAAAUCACAAACCCGGAAUAUAAUCAGUGUAACACAAUCUUCGACACCCCGGACAUCCACGGCACUAAAGAAAGCAGGGUUGUAUAAGCAGUGUAUGCUAAAUGUGUUGGUGAUUGACCUUCUAUGCUUUGGACCUUGGUGACUUUCUUAGGUCUGUUGUUCUAAGUGAGGGGCCGUGCAAACGCUAUUGAUAUCUGUCAUGGGUUUAUUUGCGUACCUGAAGACUCAGUUUAUUCUGCACCUGCUUAUCAGCUUUGUGUUCAUAGUGAGUGGACUAAUUAUAAACUUCGUUCAGCUAUGCACACUGGUUCUCUGGCCAGUAAACAAACAGCUCUACCGCAGGGUCAACUGCCGCCUUUCCUAUUCAUUGUGGAGCCAGCUUGUGAUGUUGCUAGAGUGGUGGGCGGGUACAGAAUGCACUCUGUUUACAGACAAGGCCACUGUGGACAAGUUAGGGAAAGAGCAUGUCAUCGUCAUCCUUAAUCACAAUUAUGAAAUAGAUUUCCUCUGUGGAUGGACCAUUUGUGAGCGGUUUGGAGUUUUGGGGAGUUCGAAAGUCCUUGCAAAGCAUGAGUUGUUGAAAGUGCCACUAAUUGGGUGGACCUGGUACUUCUUGGAAAUAGUUUUCUGUAAAAGGAGAUGGGAAGAAGACAAAGACACUGUCAUCCAGGGACUCAAAAACCUCUCGGACUAUCCUGAGUGCAUGUGGUUCCUCUUGUAUUGUGAAGGGACACGCUUUACAGAAAAAAAACACCAGAUCAGUAUGCAGGUUGCCGAAUCAAAGGGCCUUCCCAAGCUGAAGUAUCACUUACUGCCCAGAACAAAAGGAUUCACCACAACCAUGCAGUGUCUUAAAGGAACAGUUUCAGCUGUUUAUGAUGUGACCCUGAAUUUCAAAGACAAGAGGAAUCCCACCCUACUAGGCAUUCUACAUGGAAAGAAGUACGAGGCAGACAUGUCUGUCCGGAGGUUUCCAGUAGAAGACAUUCCCGAAGAUGAGAAAGAGUGUGCAAACUGGCUUCACAAACUCUAUCAGGAGAAGGAUGCUUUGCAGGAGCAUUAUGAGAAGGAUGGCUCUUUCCCUGGUCCACAGUUCAAACCCCCAAGGAGACCAUGGACUCUACUAAAUUUUUUCUUCUGGGCCACAGUUUUGCUUUCCCCACUUAUCAGCUUUGCUUUUGGUGUAUUUGUAAGCGGCUCCCCCCUCCUUAUCAUCGGGUUUCUGCUGUUUAUUGGAAUAGCAUGCUUUGCUGUCAGGCGGCUAAUAGGAGUGACUGAAAUUGGAAAGGGCUCCAGUUACGGGAACCAGGAAUUCAAGAAAAAAAAUUAAGUUUUCUGACUCUCGUUAAAACAAAAUGUUCAAUGACCUUCACUAGAGGAGGGGAAAAAAAGACAACAUCUAAAAUCACCAGAAAUACCGUCCGAAGAAACCAACUAAGGAGUGUAACCAGGUUGGAACGCCUGACAGCCAGUUUGAUUUCAGGUCAAAAGAAAACAACACCAACAAAAAGUCUUUUUUUAAACCAAUUUAAACCCAUUUAAUCUUUGUAUUCCAAUACUAAACUUAAAUACUGGAUAUAGGGUGCUGUUUUAAUUGUUAUAACUGAAUAAUAUAAAAUGUUGUCAGUUAGAUUUUUUUUUUUUUUUUUUAAAUCGCCCAGAGUGACUCUUUCUGUGGAAAAUGAAAGGCUUCUAUCCUUUUAAAGUGCGGUGUGAAGCUGGAUCUGGUCAAGUACAGGGGCACAAUAAAGGUAUUUUUAAAUACUCAGAAAGCUUAUCAUUAAGAGAGAGAAAAUGUGUGUUCCUUACGGUUCUGUUACUGCAUUGAUACUUAGGAAUACAUAGGUUUACUUUUUCAUGUUCAAGAACAAAUAUCCUCUGUCCUUUUUACUAAAUUAACAUGUUUUUGUCUGUGACUUGAGAGUCAUUAAAAAGAUAUAUAUUUGUUGUCAUUAAACCAAACCCUAAGCCAAACAUUACUUCUCGCUCUAAGAUUUCAAUCUAUGGUAAAGACAAAUAUAUCUGUUGUUUUGGAUAAAAAAUGAUAAAUUAUAGAUAAAAUGUAGGGUUGCAUUUAUAACAUACACCCUGGCUACGUGCCAGCGUUGGAGAGAAGCAGUGGUUUGCCUGUGGAUUAUUUAAUAUAGUUGGCAGUAAGCCUCUCUCCUGCUAGCCCUAUGGCUGUAAUGAUCAUUGAUUCAAGCCCAAGUUUGGCUAGCCUUUUCCCAGUGUCUUGUAUUAGACUUGCAUCCAGACUGAGACAGCCCCUGCCAGGUAUAGAACUCCAUGGCAUCCCUAUGUGGCCAUGGUCACUUAUACAUUUGGGUGGUAUUGCUCCAGUGCUCAGAAAUCCCAAUAAGAAAUUCACAAAGCCCCCCAGUUGAUCAUUUAGCCAUGUGCAUCUAUAUUUGACAAAGAAACCCUUCAUUUGUACACAGAAUGGUCAUGUUUGUGUGAAGACUUACAUUGGCAUAGGAACGUUACAACUCUUUAAACACAUUAGAAACUCAUUGGGCCUGAUUUUUCCAGCUUUGAGGCAUUUUUGUAAAUGUGUCCACAGUUGAAAAUAUAGUCCUGGCCCUUGUAUCCAGAACAGAAUCUUCAGGUUUAAAUUUGUGCAUGAAAUAAAAUGUUUUCAAAAGUCUGUUGAUAAACAGGAACUAAUCUUGCCGACUGCUGACACAUUAAAUGUGAAAUGGAAAUCUGCAGAAAUGGUGUUAACUCCAAAGUCAGACUGUGAGUGUAACGUGUAUCCCCAGUAGUGUAAAAUAUUGUAGCUAAAUAAAUGUCAGUAAUAAAAGCGAAAUUGAAAAUAGUGGUGAAACCCUCUUCCUUGAAGGAAAACUUUUACUGUUCUAGAUUAUAAAGGUAACCAGCUUGGCACCCCAAAGCCCAAUUUACUUUAUGGCAUAUAUACAAAAAUAUAUAGCGUUCAUAUUAAAUUUAACAGAAUCUCAAAACUAGCAAUGCAAACAUGAAUACACACCAAACUUCUUUGGAAAUUAGUUUUGUGCACUUUAUUAAUGAACAUUACUUCCCGUCAUGCACAGAAGACCAUUUAUAUUAUUAACAUUGUAAUCAUGUACCAUCCUAGGACUUCACUCUUCAGACAUGACUGGCUAAUAUCAAUAUAUGCAGGGAGAGACAUGUAGCUUGGCAGCAUCUCUGUCAUUGCUUGUUUACAGAUGAAGCUGACUUUACCACUACAGCAGAUACCUUAGUUUAUCCUCUCCAUUCUAUCAGUCCCACAGUUAGCAGCAUCACCAUUUGCUAACUUGUUUACAAACUCAGGGAAGAGUUAGUCUGAAAGUUGUGGCACUAGUGAGUCAACACCUGCAGGUAGAUGUGCCUUAGUACAGCAUGUUGCGCAUAACUGCUUUAACAAUCAGGCUGUUCUAUUAUUUGCAUGUGAUGUUCUGAUUGUGAUUUGCAUAUAUUACAUGUAAAACAUUUCCUGACGCAUCUAGAAUGGUGUGUCGUCCCAGCUAAUCUUUGCCAGGCAUAUUUCUUUUUAGGCCACUAUUAAAUCUACUAUUUAGUCUUUUUCAUUGAUAUGAUCAACUUGGAUAACAAUGAAAGUAUGCCAGGUAGGGGAGCCAGGCUCACUAACCAUCAACAAAUAGCCAGAGAGAUCCUUCAUUCAGCUGACCUUGUAAAUGUAUGCCUAUUUACAAUCGGUCAUUUUAUCGCUACACACACACCCACAAAAACUUGGAACUUUGUACAUUGCAGAUAGUUUGAACCAUGUUAAAGGAAUAUCAUUAAUAAUCUCCAAGGUCUCAAUCAUUCAGGACAUGUUAGUUGGAACUUUCUUAAGAACUUUUUAAGAUGAUUAACAUCAAUGUUGAGUGCUACCAGCAGAGCACCAAGAAUAUGCUGUAUUUUGCCAUAAUACUUGUUGUCUUUUUGACUUAGUGCUGUGCAUUCUUCAGAAUGAUUGUUGUGAACAAGUUCAUAAAAAAAGGGCUCAUGGCAGCUGGCAAUUAGGACGUUUUUUUUUAUUUUAUUAAUUUUGUGUAAACACUGGAAUAGUUUUUAUUAGUUAAAUAUAUUGAACUGUUAACAAAUAUAAAAUAUUUGGUCUAUAUGUGAAGUGUCCAUACAAGUUGCCUAGUCAUUUUGAUACUUUAUUAUUGUGAGGGGGGGGACACAAAAUUUCCAUACUUAAAUGGAAGACUUUGAUAUCUGCUGCGUUAUCGGUACUAUGUGAUACAAGAUAGGUCAGUUCCCAAAUGUUUACUUUUGAACUAUUCUUUUGAAUUAAUGAACAAAAUAUAAACAUGAUGGCUGAUUUAGUUUAGAUGUUUCUAUUUUGGCAUGAACAUAAAAUUGUAUUCAUAACUGGACCAAAAUCUUUAAAUACAAACAUACAGUUCAGAUGUGCUUACAAAAUUAAGUAACAUUCAAAAGUUGACCACCAUGAAAUACGCCCACAAUAUGAAAAAUGUGUGUACAAAAGGACAGUCCCUUUCAUAUAUCCAUAUAAUAAGCACUUUUAAAUCUAUUGGACCACAUAAUUUGACUAUCAAUAUAUUUAAGCUAGAAAGUAUGAAAAAUGUAUGUACGUGAAGACACAGACAUCUCAAAUUCCAGAUUCUGAUGCUCUCAAAAACUUGUGCUAGAAUGUCCUCAUCAUAACUGAUUAAGCGGUUUUAUAGAUGUAUGUAAAUCUGUGAAGUGCUGCAUCAAUGCAUGUGAAGCGGGGAAUAAUACGUACUGUUAUUAAUGAUAGCAUGUUAAAAAGAAAGAAAAAAACACUCCUGUAUAGUGCUGUUGUAUAGUGCCUUAGUACCAAAUUGGGACAGAUGGUGGUAGAAACGGGACAUCUACAGCUGUAGCAGAGAAUUAAUAAAAAUGGGAAUGUACAUGCACCAACUCCGAUCCAGAACUUGCUGUACACUAUAUCUAAAGUUUCUACUUUUCAUCGAACAAACCAUCACAUUAGCCCAUGCAAUUGUAGAAUUCUGUGUGCAACAAAGGGUAAAAGUGGAAGCAGGCACAGUUUAUCUACUUUUUCAAUUAUAUUGUUUGGUAGGAAGAAUAGCAAGCUCAAUGGGGUCUUCUUUAAUGCAAUCCUAAGUUUUUAAGUAAGGAUUUACCAGUGAUACCUCGUAGUGAACCAAGUAAAAUCUGAUUGAAUUAGUAUAAGCUAAAUGCAAGCACACGCUGGUUUAUGAACAAUAUAACCAGUAAAGAAAAUGUGUAUCCUUAGUAUAUGUAGAACUAAGGACACUCAAGAAAGAGUUAUUUUAAUUGGUUUCAAUGAUCUGUAAUUCAUACAUCUUGUUAUAACAAUUAAUUAGUCAAUGGCUUGAAAACUUGUAAGAUGAUUGAUUGGCUUAAAAACAGUUAUUAAUCUCUGAUAUAAAGUACUUUUGGAGACUAAAAAACACCUAUGGUACUGCUCUCUGUGUCAGGUAUUAUUGCUUAAUUGUGCUGACUACCAGCUAAUUUGAAAUGCACUGUAUAUGUUUCCUCGUGAAAAAAGUUAAAAUACUAAUAAUAAUAUUGAUUGUA